CUAACACUAUUAGCUUCGAUAGUAACAGCCUGAUAAGUCUCCUGUUUGGUGCUUUUUCAGCAUUAGAAUAAACUUUUUUGAUCAUCUUUCUUGAGCUUGAUGCCAUGUGGAUGGUUUAAAAUAAGCACAUUAUACAUUUCACGGUUUUGUGAUGAAAAAUAGUUGACACAACCAACAGUUGGAACACAUUUUCUGACACAAAACGCAUUGAGUGACUUGGCAUGCCUGCAGAUUUCAAACAUUGAGUGCUUCAAAUAUAGCUUUAAAAAAAAUUAAUGAAAAACGUCACUGUCAUUCAUACACUUUUAAACGCUGCAAUCAUACCUUUCAACCGUUUCACUUUUAGGAGGCGCUAGAUCACUGGUGCCAAAUGUAUGGGCCAUGAGUAGCCCGUGGGGAUAGAGAACACGAACUGCAUUUUUUCAACAAAAGUAAUUUAUUACUAAUUUUGUCCACUGACGACAAUUUAAAUGACAUUCUGGAAUAGGCUGUUGGGAUUUAACGCCUGGUAGUGAUACACUUAUGAAGGCUAAAAGAUGCCAAGAUUCAGGAGCAAUAAAAUGCAACCUUUGCACUAUACACUAUGUGAAAACGAAUACCAGAAUUAUUGCAAAAUAGUCAGCUUAAUUGAAGAAAGGUUUGUUUGUUUUAAUUCCCUCGCACUGCCACAACUUGUAUACAUUUACAAGGCAGAGUGAGAUCCAACCUUUCUGAAAAGAUUAUGCAAAUUUAAAAUAAUUCCCAGCUCUAAAGUUUUAUAUUAGGAUAAAGUAUACAGAGCCAUUGUGAUGUGUAAGUGGCACGUGUAAAUGAGAAAUGAUUCAUUAAAUUGUUGAACUCAAUUUUGUUCAGAAAUUCCUGAUGGCUUUUUUUUUUUUUUUUGCAACACAAUAAAUGUGAAUACAAAUCCAUUGAAAAGUGAUUGAUUUUCUUAUUAAGGCCACGAAUAUAGUGGUCCGGCCCACUUGCGAUUCAAUGAAAUUGGUGUGAACGUGGCCCCUGCUGUCGACCUCCUCGUUAGUCCCGCCUCCGGACUGGGGCCGCUUUUACGCACAGAGCUGCUCGGCUCAGUGUGGACCUGAAGAGAUGGUGCGCACACGGCCGUCUUUUGUGAUUCUUCUCUGCUUCUUAGCCCGUCCGAAAGGAUGACUUCGGACAAGUGUGACUUUCCUGAGGGCUCGCAAAGCACACUAGGGGACAUGCUGACGUCCAAUGUUUCCAAGUCGGCGGGGGAAGAAAACGCCACCGGGACUGACGCCGGUUGCGGUUACGUGUCGGUCGUCUUCCCCAUCACCAUGAUGGCCACGGGCAUGGUGGGCAACUCUCUGGCGCUCGUCCUGGUCUACACCUCCUACAGGAGAAAGGAGAAUAGAAGGAAGAAGUCCUUCUUGCUUUGCAUUGGGUCUUUAGCGUUGACGGACCUGUUCGGCCAGCUCCUGACGAGUCCGAUAGUGAUCUCGGUAUAUCGGGCCGAUCUGAGAUGGGAGCGCAUCGACUCGUCGGGCAACCUGUGCGCCUUCUUUGGCGUGUGCAUGACCACUUUCGGUCUGUGCGCGCUCUUCAUGGCCAGCGCCAUGGCCAUCGAGAGAGCCACGGCCAUCACCAACCCGCACUGGUACUCCAACCACAUGAAGACCAGCGUGACCAAGCAGACUUUGGUGGUCAUCUGGUGCCUGGUGUUGCUCUUCGCCCUCCUGCCCGUAGCGGGGGUGGGCAAGUACACGCGUCAGUGGCCCGGCACCUGGUGCUUUAUCAGCACCGGGGACAGAGAAGUGCCCGGCAACAUCUUUUUCUCCUUCACUUUUGCCUUACUGGGGAUUUUCUCGCUACUCGUCACGGUGUCCUGCAACGUGGUCACCAUCCGCGGCCUGAUCAUUCGCUGUAAGACCAAGUCGGGAACGUCUCAGGCCUCCAAACACUGGGAAAGACUCACCACGGAGACUGUCAUUCAACUCAUGGGGAUUAUGUGCGUCCUGCUUGUGUGCUGGUCUCCUCUACUGGUGCUGAUGCUGAGGAUGAUCUCCACUCAGGUGUCCUCUCAUGAAUGUAACUCCUCAGCAGAGAGCUCCCAUCCCUCCUCUGUGCGAGACAUCCAGUUGGACUGUAACUUCUUUCUGACCGCCAUCCGCUUGGCCUCGCUCAACCAGAUCCUGGACCCGUGGGUUUACCUGCUCCUCAGAGAGAUUCUCCUUCGCAAGUUCUGCCUGGUGGCCAAUGCCGUCUCCAACUGCUCCAUAGAGGAUCAGAAGGAGACCCAAACGGCUCUGGAUGCACUUAAUAAGCAGAACAAAGAAAACCUCCAGAAACCCCAAAGUAGCAAAGGAGACUUUUGAACGAGAAGGAUUAUUAUUAUGAUGUUUUUUUUUUUUUUUUGACACAUUAAGUGGAGCUAGAUGUGAAGUGGAGAUCCUGCAUGUGGAAGCACAUUUUCUUUUUAAAAUGUGAAUAAAUUCCAUAUCAUCUCCUUAUGCUAUUUUUCAGUCAUACCAUUUCAAAUAAGUGUGACUCGAGUCUAAACUGAAGUGAUCCAUCUCUUUUCUUCUUCUUUUUUUUUUUUUUUUUUUCUUUUUUUGGUUAUCAUAUUUUUUCAUUGCGAUAUAAACUAUCUAUUGUACAGGAAUGUAACUAUUUUUGAUGGAAAAAAGUUGGGGAGGAAAAUAGAAUGCAAGAUUAUUUAUAAAUGAUGACUGUCGUGGUAAAUACUUUCCUGGCCAAACACUUACAAUACUGCCUAUUGGAUACCACUGAAUGUAAAUAGUAAAACAAGCUGUAACUACUGUACUAAUGCAAAACACACAAAACAAUAGGUAGUGUCACAAACGGGUGGCUUUAUAAGCUUCCGUUAAUAUGUGAACUUGAAUUAAGUGUUCCGUUUAUUCAAGGUGUACAGUCCAUUUUUUUAAGGAUUGUAAAGUUUGCUCUUUGUGCCAAAUGCCUAACAGUCGUUCAGCAUGAGGAAACGAUCGAUCGCUAUUUCAUGUAAUGUACAGACACCCUAAUAUUCCACUUUGAUAUUUAUUUAUUCAUUUAAAAUAAAAAACUUCCAUUUUUCGCUUUCUUGUUGAGGAACAUUAUAAACAAGAUGCCACAGUUGUGCCUUUCUCAGCACACUAGGCAGCAGGACGAGCGGUUGCUGGCCUGUAGUGUACGCACACUACAAUACAGGAGCUGUGUGCGAACCAACCUGUACCAGUGUAAAUUUCCCAUUUGUAUGCUCAAUCACCACAUCAAGAAUGUUUCAUAGUUUCAUGUAAUCACCCAAUUAAAAUGGAACAAUCGAUUGGAUCAGUAAAUGCAUGUGUGAUGAGCUUUACACAUGACAUCUUGAUUUUUCAAGAAAUUACAGCUCUGUGUAAUGGAUGCUCCACUAAUUUUAAGUGCUGCUUUAAAUUAGCAGCGUCAAUACCAAGCACAUGUUCAGAUGUCGGCACGGUGACCGACUGGUUAGAGGGUCUGCCUCACAGUUCUGAGGACCAGGGUUCAAACCCCUGCCCCGCCUGUGUGGAGUUUGCAUGUUCUCCCUGUGCCUGCGUGGGUUUUCUCCGGGCACUCUGGUUUCCUCCCACAUCCCAAAAACAUGCGUGGUAGGUUGAUUGAAGACUCUAACUUGCCCAUAGGUGUGAAUGUGGGUGCGAAUGGUUGUUUGUUUCUAUGUGCCCUGCGAUUGGCUGGCAACCAGUUCAGGGUGUACCCUGCCUCCUGCCCGAUGAUAGCUGGGAUAGGCUCCAGCGCUCCCGCGACCCUUGUGGAGAUAAGCGGCUCAGAUAAUGGAUGGAUGGAUGGAUGUUCAGAUGUCAAUAAACACCUCCACAACUUGUUUAAUUGUCACAUUUAACAUGUUUCCAUGUUGGUUUGACUCAACCAGUUUCCACGUGAAUCUGAGCCAUGUUAUUCUCCUUUUACUUAAGCCACAUGUAGGAGUAUAACAAUAAUUGUCACAAUGUAUCUCCAGAUUUUGCCAUAUUUUGGGUUAAAAGGGAUUUUUUUGUGAUUUCUUUUUUAUUUGUGUUCUUUUUAUCCAAAGAACUGAACAUUCCCUUUAUCUGAAAAAGAAAAGUGGUUUUAGUUUUAUCCUUAAAAAAAACAAAUGCAUUUUAGGUUUUUUUUUCCCUUUGGAUGAAAAAAAAGUUUAUUUUUAGUUGGUUCUUUUUGUCUGACAAAUGACAAACGUGUAAUUUGGUUUUCAGAUUAAAAUACAUUUAAUAUAAUAUAUGUUUUUCUCUUUCACAAACAUUUGAGUUAUUAUCCAUAUCAAAAUACA